CUUUAUUUUUCUCGCGCUCCGCUCUCCCGCCUGCUUCCCUCCGCCGUGCGCCCCCCUCCUUUUUGUAUUUGCAUCUCAAGUCCAAAAGGCAGAAAAUACACACGCGGCGGAGACACCGGCGGCCGUGGAGGCUCCGGGCCGCUCUCGGUGGCCGGUCGCCCCGUCGUGGGUCUGCCCGGGCCGGGGUGGCCGCAGCUGCCCGGGCGCGGGCCCGAGGGCGAGCCUUUGCAUCAUCUUAGGGAGAGAAACAAGGAAAAAAAAAAAGAGAGAGAGACAUUUUUCUCCGGCGCUCUCGGGCUCGCUCUUCUGUCUUUAUUUUAUUGUUUUGGACAUUUUUAGGCGCCUGGGCCUGGACGGCGCUUUCGGUCUCAUCGCUGGGUUUAAAGAAUUUCCCCCCCCGUCUUCAUCCCCUCUCUGCCACUAUGGAAUUCUAAUUUGAAUCAUGUUUGGAUUGAAGCCGCCUCUGUAUUACUUACCAGGCAUGAGCCAUGAGCCCAAGGCCCCUCCGCUAGGGAUGCUGUCCACCGCGGCCAGGACCACCGCCGCCGUCAGCCCCCUCACCCCCUCGCCGCUCGAUGGCGCCCUGGUGCCCAGCGGCAGCCCCGCCGCCAGCAGCGCGCUGUCGGCCCAGGCCGCGCCGUCUUCCAGCUUUGCCGCCGCGCUGCGCAAGCUCGCCAAACAGGCGGAGGAGCCCAGAGGUUCUUCACUGAGCAGCGAGUCGUCCCCCGUGUCCUCGCCAGCCACCAACCACAGCUCUCCCGCCAGCACGCCCAAGCGUGUGCCCAUGGGCCCCAUCAUCGUCCCCCCUGGGGGCCACAGUGUGCCCAGCACACCCCCCGUGGUGACCAUCGCCCCAACGAAGACGGUCAAUGGCGUCUGGAGGAGUGAGAACCGGCAGCAGGACGCCGCCUCUCGGGGCAGCAGCAGCGGUCGGGAGCGCCUCAUCGUGGAGCCCCCACUGCCCCAGGAGAAGGCGGGGGGCCCCGCCAUCCCCUCCCACCUGCUCAGCACCCCCUACCCUUUCGGCAUCUCCCCCAGCUCUGUGGUGCAGGACUCCCGCUUCCCACCGCUCAACCUGCAGCGGCCCGUGCACCACGUGGUGCCCCCCAGCACCGUGACCGAGGACUACCUGAGGGGCUUCCGGCCCUACCACACCACCGAGGACCUCCGCGUGUCCUCCCUGCCUCCCCUCGGCCUGGACGCCGCCGCCGCGGCCGCCGCCUACUACCACCCCAGCUACCUGGCCCCGCACCCCUUCCCCCACCCAGCCUUCAGGAUGGACGACUCCUACUGCCUCUCAGCCCUGCGGUCCCCCUUCUACCCCAUCCCCACGCCCGGCUCCCUGCCCCCCCUGCACCCGUCGGCCAUGCACCUCCACCUCUCCGGGGUCCGCUACCCCCCCGAGCUCUCCCACUCGUCCCUGGCGGCGCUGCACUCGGAGCGAAUGUCCAGCCUCAGCGCCGAGAGGCUACAGCUGGAUGAGGAGCUGAGGCGCGAGCGCGAGCGGGAAGCUGAGCGCGAGCGCGAGAAGGAGCGCGAGCGCGAGCGCGAGAAGGAGCUGGAGCGGGAGCGCGAGAAGGAGCGCGAGCUGGAGCGGCAGCGGGAGCAGCGGGCCCGCGAGAAGGAGCUGCUGGCGGCCAAGGCGCUGGAGCCGGCCUUCCUGCCCGCGGCCGAGCUGCACGGGCUGCGGAGCCACGCGGCCGAGGAGCGGGCCAAGCCCUCGGAGCAGCUGACGCCGACGCGCGCAGAGAAGCUGAAGGAGGCGGGUCUGCAGGCCCCGAAGCCUGUGCAGCACCCCUUGCACCCGACGCCCGCCCCCCACCACACGGUGCCCGGCCUCCUGUCCAACCACAGCAUCUUCUCGCUGCCGGGCAGCAGCGCGGCCACGGCCCUGCUCAUCCAGCGCACCAACGAGGAGGAGAAGUGGCUGGCGCGGCAGCGGCGGCUGCGCCAGGAGAAGGAAGACCGGCAGACCCAGGUGUCCGAGUUCCGGCAGCAAGUGCUGGAGCAGCACCUGGACAUGGGCCGCCCCCCGGCGCCCGCGGACACGGAGCACAGGCCCGACAGCGCCAGGCCAGGACCCAACCGUCCGGAGCCGGGCGGCCGAGACCCCCCGCAGCACUUUGGCGGGCCCCCGCCCCUCAUCUCGCCCAAGCCCCAGCACCACUCUGUGCCCACGGGCCUCUGGAACCCCGUGUCCCUGAUGGACAGCACUCUGGAGACGCGGCGGGCCCCCGAGAGCCACCCUCUGCACAGCCACCCCGCCCCGUUCGAGCCCAGCCGCCCGGCGGCCGUCCCGCUGGUGAAGGUGGAGCGGGUCUACUGCGCGGAGAAGGCGGAGGAGGGGCCCCGGAAGCGAGAGGCCGCCCCCCUGGACAAGUACCCGCCGCCCCCGCGGGACGCAGGAAGCCUGGAGCCGCAGGCCUACCCCCACGGGCCUGGGCCCUUCCUGGCCGAGCUCGAGAAGUCCACGCAGACCCUCCUGGGCCAGCAGCGGGCCGCCCUCCCCCAGCCGGCGCCCUUCGGCGAGCUCGCCGGGCCGCUGAAGCCGGGCUCGCCCUACCGGCCCACGGCCCCCCGCGGCCCCGACCCCGCCUACGUCUACGACGAGUUCCUGCAGCAGCGCCGGAAGCUGGUCAGCAAGCUGGACCUGGAGGAGCGCAGGCGGCGAGAAGCCCGGGAGAAAGGAUACUACUACGACCUGGACGACUCGUACGACGAGAGCGACGAAGAGGAGGUCAGGGCCCACCUCCGCUGCGUGGCCGAGCAGCCGCCGCUCAAGCUGGACACGUCCUCCGAGAAGCUAGAGUUUUUGCAACUUUUUGGCUUGACCACCCAACAGCAGAAGGAGGAGCUGCUGACCCAGAAGCGGAGGAAGCGGCGGCGGAUGCUGAGGGAGAGGAGCCCGUCGCCCCCGACAGUUCAGAGCAAGCGGCAGACGCCCUCGCCGAGACUGGCACUGUCCACGCGCUACAGCCCCGACGACAUGAACAACAGCCCCAACUUCGAGGAGAAGAAGAAGUUCCUGACCAUCUUCAACCUGACUCACGUCAGUGCCGAGAAGAGGAAAGACAAAGAGAAACUUGUUGAGAUGCUCCGUGCCAUGAAGCAGAAGGCACUGUCCGCGGCAGUGGCAGACCCACUCAGGAACUCUCCGAGGGACAGUCCUGUCAUCGCCCUGAGCGAACCAGCCACGCAGCCAGCCUCUCUGGAUCCAGACAAGCCUGCGGGUGUCCCUGCUACCCUGGCUGACGUGCCGAAGGCCACGGAGCCCGGAAGGCUGGAGCAGCUCCGGCCCCAGGAGCCAGCCCCUGCCGGCGGCGAGAAGGCCAGGCUGAGCGAGGCCCCCGGGGGCAAGAAGAGCGUGAGCAUGCUCCAUUACAUCCGGGGCCCCGCACCCAAGGACGUCCCCGUGCCGCUGUCCCACAGCAUCAACGGGAAGAGCAAGCCGUGGGAACCCUUCAUGGCCGAGGAGUUCGCACAUCAGUUCCAUGAGUCUGUGCUGCAGUCCACGCAGAAGGCGCUACAGAAGCAUAAAGGGAACGUGGCCGCGCUGGCUGCGGAGCAGAACCACAAAGUGGACACAGCCAUCCACUACCACAUUCCCGAGCUGCAGUCAUCCGGCCGGCUGGCCGCACCCCCGCACAACGGGCAGCAGGAGGCCCCCGCCGCGAGGAAGGGCCCCCUUCCGCAGGAGACAGACCAGGACUCGGAGGGGGACGACGACGAUGACAGGGAGCACGAUGAUGACGAGCCCCCCAGGCGCAAGUGGCAAGGGAUUGAGGCAAUUUUUGAAGCUUAUCAGGAACACCUAGAAGAGCAAAAUCUGGAACGGCAGGUGUUGCAGACGCAGUGCAGGCGGCUGGAGGCCCAGCACUACAGCCUCAGCCUCACGGCCGAGCAGCUCUCCCACAGCAUGGCGGAGCUGAGGAGCCAGAAGCAGAAGAUUGUUUCAGAGAGGGAGCGACUCCAGGCAGAACUGGAUCACUUAAGGAAGUGCCUUGUGUUGCCUGCAAUGCACUGGCCUAGAGGUUACUUUAAGGGCUACCCUAGGUGACGGUUUCCCUUGCGCUAGGCCGAACCUAUAGUAUAGAAAUAUUAUCUAUUUUAUUACCUUGAAUAUUUAAUAUUUUUCACUGGGAGGUUUGAAGCUUAAAACUUAAAAAAAAAAAAAAAAACAAAAAAAAAACGAGAACGUGCCAUGCAUGAAGCGAAGGACUCCAGGCUCCAGAAGGAGGGACUCGCCUUGACUUCGAUGCAACUGGACAACCUCGGUCAUUCAGCGAGCGCCGACGAGGACGCCCAUGGUUUUGUUUUUGGGUUUUGUUUUUGGUUUUUUGGUUUUUCUUUGGAAAGGUGGUUUUCUUCCUCCCCCACGCCAUUACGUUCUAAUCUGAAAGCAAAGGCUCUCUCGACCAACACUAAAGCUGUCUCCCGGAUGGCCCCUCGGCGCCCAAGACUGGAUCAAACCGACUGCGCCAGGUUUCUGGGGCGGCCCCGCCACCAGAGCCCAGUCCCCUUCCGCCGCGGCAUGGGAUCGGCUCGCUCCUCCCCGGGACGGAGACCGGCUUUGGCAGAAGGAAGCAGGGGUGGGGGUGCCUUCUUCUGGAAAAGGGCUGCUUUGUUACUUUCCUGCAAAAUUUCCUUCCAAGCAACUGGUCCUUGGAGCCCACAAAGCACCAGAACCGAAGCCUCGGGCCCACAGGCUUUUUCCCUGGAAAAGCCCUGAUCUAAAGCGCAUCACCCAACUGAAGGUACCUUUUCAUUACUGCGUUGGGGGGGGGGGGGGAGUGUACAGAGCCCUAUGUAUACGGAUGGCCACACCUGCCUGAUUGUCACUGGGUGCGGUGUUUUCAUACAAAACGUAAAUUUUGAGAGAAAAGUCAAAGGUGCUUCAGCCUUGUACUGUGUAUAUAUAUUAAAAAGAAAAAACAAA